CCUCUCAGCAGUGCAUAGCACCAAGAUCUAGAAUGCUGAGACACGGCAGGAUCGCUGUGCUCCUCCUCCUGCUCCUCCUGCAGAACUGCUGCGCCGACGGCUGCCCUCCCCAGUGUCAGUGCUUCAUGGGGUCGAAGGUCAUGUGCUCGGAGGAGCGCAUGUUCAUCUUGCCGGUGACGCUCUCUCCGCAGGUGAAAGAGCUUAUCGUCAUAACGUCGGGCCUCACGAGCAUCCCUGCCAACAGCUUCCAGACGAGCCCUCAGCUCACCAAGUUGGCCCUGAUCAGCAACCCCCUGAGAACCAGCUCCAUCUCCCCUCUGGCCUUCAACGGCCUAACACAACUCCGGGAGCUGGAAAUCAGUGCAAACUACCGCCUAGAGACCUUAGACCACGCAGUGUUUCAGAAGCUCGGCAAUCUGACCAGACUCUACCUGAACAACAACCAGCUGCUGAUAGUAGACAGAGACAUGUUUAAUAAACUGGUGAAGCUGGAGGUUCUUGAGCUGAGGGGGAACCAGUUUAUUUGGCUGCCCAAUUUUAUCUUCGAGAACCUUCCGAAUCUCAAGUCCCUGGAUGCGUCCAUGAACAAGAUCACCUCAGUGGAGGCCUCCCUGCUGGCUGGCCUGACUCGGCUGCAGUCCCUUAAACUUGCUUACAACCAGCUUACGACUCUUCCAUCGGACCUGUUUAAGCAUGCUCCUGGACUAAAGCACCUGAGCUUCCAGAGUAACGGCAUCUCGAGUCUGCCAGAGGGACUUUUUAAAUCCUUGACCAAACUGGAGGAGCUCAAUCUACGGUAUAACAAACUGACAUAUGUGCCGACAGACACGUUCCCGUCCAGUCUAAAGGACUUGAACCUCCAAGGAAACCACCUCACCAUACUGUCGCUGGGCAACCUACCAUUACUUACAGACCUCGUCCUGUCAUCAAAUAACUUCACGGAUCUUCCUAGCAACUUUUUUGAAAAUGCAACGUCACUGGAACGAUUGGACCUAUCUGAGAACCAGCUCUUAUCUGUUCCUGCCAAUGUUUUCUCAGGCCUCUCAAAAAUCGUUGCGAUCCACUUGCACAAAAACAACCUGACCUCUUUGCAGGCUGAUUUGCUCAAGGACCAGCAGGAGGUCAUUGAGAGGCUGACUCUGUCAGACAAUCAACUAAAGAACCUUCCUGAGGCCUUCUUCGAUCCAUUUAUGACGUUUAGGAUGUCACUCCGUGGUAACCCGUGGCAUUGUGACUGUAACCUCACAUAUCUGCAUGCUUGGCUGCAGUUUGGAAGUAAUCUAGUCGAGGAUUUGAGUCGGACCUAUUGUAAAGGCCCUGCCACAUUGAGAGGGCAAAGCUUGAUGUCAGUGGAGGGAGACCAGCUUGUAUGUUCUUACAACUCCAACACAACUAAUGCCCUUUUUGACAAUUCCGUCCAGGCACCUGCCGAGGAAGACUCCUCGCAAGGCCAAGCUAAUCAGUGCAUCCUACAACAACACAAUGGGGUUUACUCUCUCAAAUGUACAGUAACAAACUGUUCUAAUGUCAAAAUAGAGGCUCAUAUAUAUGGGCCUGAUGGAAGUGUCACAGACUACGUUUUAGACAAAGAGUGGUCUGAAACAUCACAAUGUGUAAAUGGCACCAUAACUGUCAAUGUUUGAACCUUUUGCGCUGUGCUGUGCUUUCCUACCCUAAUACCCCAAUCUAGGUGGUUUAAAUAAUCAAUAUCAUGUAAGAUGUUUUUUAUGACAACACAAUACUUCACAUUUUGUAUUGAGCUUAUUAUUCUAAGUCAUAUUGUGCAUACCUUUCCAGCACAUUUGUCCAAAUUUAUGUUACUGUUUGCUGUUUGUUCAGUUGUCUUUCUGAGUGAAAAGUGUUCAUAGAUGGAUUUAUAAUGUGCAUUUAGUGCUUUGCGAUCCUUUUUCAUUUUGAUGAGAAUCAUACCCUCUGUGCAGUGUGAAGAGGAGAUAAGCAAGGUAGUUGAACUUUUGCAAACAUUCAAAGUGCAGACUAGAGCAGUUUCAACACUCAAUGCCUGCAGCUUCAUCCUGAACAACCGUCCACAAAUUUUACUUCAGAUAUGCUACAGUCAAUCCGGAAAGUAUUCACAGCGCUUUUAUUAUCUUACAGCCUUAUUCCAAAUGCUACAAAUGAAUCUCUGUUGUCAAAAUCCUACACAAAUUAUUCCAUUAUGACCAUGUGAAAAACAAGUUGUCUUGACAUAAUGGAAUAAUUUGUGUAGGAUUUUGACAACAGAGAUUCAUUUGUAGCAUUUGGAAUAAGGCUGUAAGAUAAUAAAAUGUGAAAAAAGUGAAGCGAUGUGAAUACUUUCCGGAUUGACUGUAUGUAGGCUACUGUUCUGUCUAGGCCUGUACCAUGGCAACAUCUCUCACAUUAAUUUUGUUGGCAUUUCAGCAACAGCUGAGAACAGGCCCAACCAGACCUGUUGACAUAAUUUGCAUGUUCUUUAUCAUACAAUUACUGACAGACAGUGUUCAAAAAAAAGUUGAAGAUGCUGUUUUGUUAUUGAUUAAUAUUUUACUGCUGAUAGGGAUGCCAUGGCAGGCUUUUGGGUUAAUAUAACACUCUGUGGGCCUAAGUGGAAAAAAUACAUAGGCCUACAUGUACAGUGUUUAUUGUUAUACCAGCAGCCUAAUUAUGAUGAAGGGCACAACAGAACAGGAGAAUACUAAUGUCAGAGAGGAGAGAAACGGGUGUAAGUGAGGGUAAACCAGUUAUAAAGCAACAGAGCAUGCAUAUCAAGUCAUGUCAAGUCAGCUUUUAUUGUCAGUUUCUUCAUAUGCACAGGUCAGACAAGGAAAUGACUUUUUUUAACUAAUAGUAAUUAUUACUGUAGAACUAUUACCAGGUAGAAUAGCAGUUUCAAAACUGUUUGGAUUAACAGAAAGACUACUUGGCCAGGCUACUUGGUGUGUGUGUGUGUGUGUGUGUGUGUGUGUGUGUGUGUGUGUGUGUGUGUGUGUGUGUGUG